CGUGUUGUGCCGUUGACGUCCAAUAGGCGCAUGAGAAGAAGACGUCAUCGCGCAGAGCGUGUAAAAGCGGAGCGCUCCUCUUCUCCUCUCUCACUCCGACCUGCAGCUCCGCUCAUCAGCCUCUCUGCUCCUGCGAUUCAGAAAGUUCCAACAUGUCGGACGAAGGUAAAUUGUUCAUCGGAGGUCUGAGCUUCGAAACCAACGAGGACAGUCUCGCUGCGGCCUUCGGCAAAUAUGGAACCAUCGAAAAAGUGGAUGUGAUCAGAGACAAAGAGACGGGGAAAUCUCGUGGUUUCGGCUUUGUGAAAUACGACAAUGCAGAAGAUGCUAAAGACGCACUGGAUGCCAUGAACGGGAAGACUCUGGAUGGACGGUCUAUUCGUGUGGAUGAAGCAGGAAAAGGAGGACGCUCCAGGGGAGGAUUUACAACCCCAAGAGGAUCAAGAGGUGGAGGAUUUGGCGGCGGGCGUGGGAGAGGUGGACGAGGUUAUUCGAGAGGUGGUGGAUACAACGGAGACAGGCCAUCAUACAGCGAUAGAAGUUAUGGCGAUAGAAGCUACCAUUCUGAAGGGAGGUUUGCUGGUGGCAGCCAAUACAGGAGCGGAGGAUACAGCGGCGGAGGUGGUGGUGGCGGCGGCGGAUACAGAGAUAAUAGGGGGCAGGGCAGUUACAAUGACCGCAAUCAGUCCUACCGCGAUCAGUACGACAGCUAUGCUGCAAACGAGUAAACAUCUCCCUGAUUCAAGAUCAUCACUUGGCUGGCUGUAUUUCAAAGAUGCGCUCCUCAAGAAAAAUGUCCACGUGUUAUUGCUGACCUUAGUUUUGUAGUUCUGUUGUAGUAGCUCAAGCAUCUUAAAAAAAAAAAAUGUAGCCAUGAGUUUUGGUCAUUCCUUAACAAACCAUGUUACGAAUUACAGUUCAAGACUCUUACCUUGCUUGAUUGGGCAUCUUUAUUCCUCAAAGGUCGUUUGUUAACUAAAAGGCAUCUGUGUAAUCUGAUUAGUACUGUAAGUCCCAAUUUGGGGACCGAUCAUCGGCUCUCCACAUGGCCACUACCAUCGCUGUAGACUUUUUGUCCAGCACGUAAAGUGUUACCUGAUUUUUGAUUCCUUAUUUAGUUUUUUGUUUUUUUAUAUUGAAAUAUCCGAUGGGCUUGUAUUUUUUUCCUUUACUUACUUCCCCUCUCAGUCUCUGUGGCUGACCUACCUCUUGCCAGGUUUUAAACUGAGUGAGGAAAGAAAUCCAAUUACUCUUAAAACAGACUUUUGGGGGAUUUUAUGCUAAAUUCCUUUUACUAUUAAAAAAAACUUAGUCUAGCUGAGGCUCCUGUGUGUUCAAUUUCCCAAAAAGAGUGAAUUCCUUUCAGACUGGUGAACUACACAACCGAAGUGGCCGGCCGUUCAUGAAGUUGCAAAUUGCAGCAUGCUACAGUCUGUCCAAGGUAUCUUCUGUGCUCUGCUCAACAUCUGCAUUUUAAAUGUGCUGUAAAAUGGACUAAUCUUGUUUAAGUGAUCGAAAAAUGUAACUUCGUUUCCCCAAAGUAAUAUCUCAACCGGGAACAGUUUUGUACUUUAUGUUCUUUGUAUGAUCAACAUUUUUUUUUCUUUGUCAGUUUGGCUUCAUGGAGCCUAUUAAACAGACUGUGGAAAAUAA